AUUUUGUAAUACUAAUUAGGCAUAAGGGAAAUGCAGAUGAUGUGACCAGUCGAUGGUAACAUGCUUCCCAUGUGACAGUGGCUGAGCACCGACUAAAAAGAAAGAAAAGAAAAACUUCGCCCAGCUCCAGCCCAGAGCCUGUAAUCUCGCUUUCAAAGUGAGAUUAAAGCUUUAUUUUGUUAGGUGUGCAUAGUUCUGUAGGAACAUGCAGGCGGUAGAUGACUGUUGUUAUUCUAACCCUAGCCAGCUAAGAGCUCUGUAAAGUUGAGCAUGUCAUAUUUUGGAGGAGUUGUUUGCCGGAGUGGUAGAGCCAGUCGGACGGGUUUGCAGAGAAGGAGCCAGGAUCGGGCGGAAGGGAGGCAAGCUUUUUUUGUGUGUAGGAGCCCCUGGCCGAGCCAUUUACCGGACCCAUAGACAAUCCCUUGGUUGGAGCACCUAUGGAGAAGAGCUGAGCUGGAGGGAACCCAUCAACAUCUGGGACUCUGGAUCUCUAAAUGAAGGACAGGAAAUCAGAGCCAACACAAUAAGAACAAAGUCCCCCCCCCCCACCCUACCCCCAGCUCCCUUCCGGGACCUGCAUGCUCCCACAAGCACUCCAAAAUCUACUGCUGUCCCCCCCUCUUUGUCAACAAGGGCAUGAGAUCUCAUCUAGGAAAAGAAAAAAAAAGAAGAACCUUCUUUUCUGAAACAGAAAGCAAAAUAAGCCUUAAUUAGAGAGGAAGAGAGAUUCCUGGAUCUGCCUGCCUCCAUUGGAAUAGGAAGCUGCUUGUGUGGUUGUUGUGGUUGGAGAGCCCAUCGGGGCUAUGGAUCAGGUUCAGAGGACAGGAGAUCCGGGCCCCUCGGAUACAGACAUGAAAAGCAAAGAGAGCCUUCCCAUUCCCAACAGCAAGAGGAGAAGCUCAGAAAUGCCAAUGGCAUAUUCAGGAUAUUCCCAGGAUUCCCAGGAUCGUCACGACGGUACCAGCAAUGGGACAGCUCGGUUAUCUCAAUUGGGCUCAGUGGGGCAGUCCCCCUACGCCAGUGCCCCCCCACUUUCCCACACCCCCAAUACUGACUUUCAGCCCCCAUAUUUCCCCCCUCCUUACCAGCCCAUAUACCCCCAAUCCCAAGACCCCUACGCCCACGUUAACGACCCCUAUAACCUGAACUCCCUCCAUGCACAGCCCCAGCCUCAGCACCCAGGGUGGCCGGGUCAGAGACAGAGCCAGGAGGCCAGCCUUUUGCACACACAUCGGGGGCUACCACACCAGCUGUCCGGCCUGGACCCACGCAGGGAUUACAGGCGACACCACGAAGAACUACUGCAUGGGCCUCAUGGGCUAGGCUCAGGACUUGGGGACCUCCCUCUCCACUCCAUACCUCAUGGACUAGAAGACGUUUCGCAUGUAGAAGACCAAGGUAUCAACAUCGCAGAUCAAACUGUAAUUAAGAAAGGGCCUGUCUCAUUGUCUAAAUCCAAUAACAAUGCAGUGUCGUCCCUCUCUCUCAACAAAGACAAUCUCUUCGGUGGAGUAGUGAAUCCGAAUGAAGUUUUCUGCUCAGUUCCUGGACGCCUGUCUCUUCUAAGCUCAACAUCAAAGUACAAGGUGACAGUGGCAGAAGUACAGAGAAGGCUAUCCCCACCCGAGUGCCUCAAUGCUUCUCUAUUGGGAGGAGUGCUCAGGAGGGCGAAAUCGAAAAAUGGUGGCAGGUCGUUGAGAGAAAAGUUAGACAAAAUAGGAUUAAACCUUCCAGCUGGAAGACGUAAAGCUGCUAAUGUUACUUUGCUCACAUCUCUAGUGGAGGGUGAAGCUGUGCAUCUAGCCCGAGAUUUUGGGUAUGUCUGUGAAACAGAAUUUCCUGCCAAAGCUGUAGCUGAGUAUGUCAACCGGCAACACUCUGACCCAAAUGAGCAAGUGACCAGGAAAAACAUGCUACUAGCCACAAAGCAGAUUUGUAAAGAAUUCACAGAUUUAUUGUCGCAAGACAGAUCCCCCUUGGGCAAUUCUAGGCCAAGUCCAAUACUGGAGCCAGGAAUCCAAAGCUGCCUGACACACUUCAACCUCAUCUCUCAUGGAUUUGGCAGCCCUGCUGUGUGUGCGGCCGUCACAGCCCUGCAGAAUUAUCUCACCGAGGCUCUAAAAGCAAUGGACAAAAUGUACCUCAACAACAACAACAGCCACACAGACAGCAGCAAAGGAGACAAAGAUGAAAAGCACAGAAAGUGACCCUCUGCCAGUCCUACCUACCUGCUCAGCAGCGCCCUCUAGUGUCGGCCAGGUGCCCACUGGGGCACAGACAAUUGGGUGCCAUCCCUCCUCCGGAGUUACAAGGCUGCACUGCCUCCUUGUCCAUCCUUCUCUGACGCCAUUUUUAUUUGGAUUAUGACCAGGACAGGCUGACGAUGAAGCCAGGAAAGAAAGUUGUGUCGUUAGUGUUCGAACUUUUUCUAAGAAUCUUUUUUUUUUUUUUUUAAAGCAACCAGUUCUUGCUAUCUAUCUAUCUAUGAGAGUCAUCGGACUAAAAGUCACCGGGUUCUCUACAGUUCAGGUUGUAGCCAAGGCUGAGGAUGACAUUUAUCAGUAUUGUGAAUAAACUUGAACACAAAAAUUUGCAGUUCCAUGUCAUGUCUUCAAGUUGCCCCCCCUCCCCCUCCAUUACCCCUCUUAAAAGGUACCCUGAACUUUUUUGCAUUUUUUUUUGUCUGGACAGAGAUCACAGUCACUAUUAUAAGGGAAUCAGUGUUUAUGUAUAUAUUUAUUUAUGUGUAAUUUAAUGGGGAUUGUAAAUAUGGUGCAUCUGUUAAAAGAUAAAAAAAAAAAAGCCUUUUUUAUUUAUCUGGUGAUCUCGUUUACCUAUUGUUUAGUGGGUUUUAUUUUUUUUUUUGUUCAAUUUCCCUUUAGUUCAUGUGGCUAUUGGUACUUGUUUAAAAAAAAAAAAAAAAGGAAAAAAAAAGACAGGACUUUGGGUUUGUAGGGGGAAUUCCUCAUUUUCUAGCCCUGUUGUAGCAUGUUAAGACAACGAUGAAGCAGCAGAACAAAUACGAAUAAAAAAAUAAAAUGGAUUUUUAUAUACGUUUAGUAUUACAAAAAGUCUUUCAUUUCCUGGAAAAAAAAAUAAUCAAUUUCGGACACUGGCUAAUGAGAAUGGGUAUACAAUUCAAAAAAAAAAAAAAAAGUUCUUCCCCUCAUAAGCACUAGUACAUGGGGGGCGAUUUACUAAAGUUUGCCAUUCGUCCGAAUUUUACAGGGAGGGAAAUUCGUAUGUGUUAUUACUUGAUUCGGGUAUUUCAACACAGGUUAGCUGGCCUUGUAAACCUUAGUAAAUCGCCCCACUGGGUUGUUUUCAAUAAAUAGAAUGCACAUGUUCUGGAACCACAAGUAUUUUAGCGGCUGAUUUACCAAAGGUUUAAUUAUUCGCGUAGAAGUGUGCUCUUCCUGGCGAUUCUGAAUCAGUAAAUCCUUAGUAAAUCAGCCCCCUCGCUGUCUAUGGUGGGAGAGAUUGUAUUGUGCUUGAGUUAUAUGAGAUGAGGCUGACCAAGCUUACCAAUGUAUUAUAGUCUUUUGUUGACCAGGUGAAUAAAUAUUUGAUACGCUUUA